AAGCGUUACAUUAACGGGACACCACGACACACCAGCACGACUGGCCGAAAUUGAAAUCCACGGGAGCAGACCGGUGGCCACGUUCGUGGAUUGCUCUAUGUGACGCCUUUAAAACAUCGCGAACCAGUUCAAAGUGAAAUUCAGCCAAAGGCCAUUUAUUUACUCGUAGUUCUGACUGUCUCCAUUGGAAGAAUCCCUUCCCAGUUUGAGAAUAAGAUAACUGCAUUGAAGGCUGGAUUUGACUCACCAUGGUGCAGCAGUUGAAUGGCAGGAUAACUACAGACUUGGUGAUUCCACAAAAAAGACCCGCUUUGUCACACUCCUUAAAGAUGACUCCGGUGCCUGUGCUGGGCAAGUUUCGACCAAUUGUGGGUCAGUGCUGCCAACAGUGCACUCCUGACAGUCUCUCACGCCACCGUAAGAAGUUUGGACAAAGCCCCUUGCUUGACUUUCACAAUAUUCUCUGUGUCAAUGAGACUCACACCAGGUACAGAGGCUGGCUUGUGCGGAGGAUAUGCUGUGUGCUAUUUGUGAGUGGGUGCAAGGUCUAUCCGAGUCCUGUUAACAGCCGGCAGGAGAGGAUCUGUGAGAGUAACAGGGUGAGGGAGGCUCUCGCAGAAAAUCCGAAAGCGCCCAAGGGGGGUGACAGCCAAGGGCAGCUCCAUCCCAUCUCAUCAUUCCGCCCCAUAAUUAAUACUUGUAUCUCCCCGUUUUUUUUACGAUGUGUGGGCUGGGUGAUGAUGAAGAUGUUUGCCUCUCUUUUUGGCAGUAUUCAAGUGAACCUCAGCCAUUUUGUGGCUUUGCACAGAGCCUCAGAAGAGGGAUCGCUGCUGGUCUACGUGUAUGUGCGUCAGAGUAUCUUGGACAGCGUUCUCCUUUCUUUGGCGCUCUUCUGUAACAACCUAAGAGUGCCAUAUGCAAUUUGUCUGAUCCAAGUUAAGAACUCCUUCCUCAGGACGAUCCUUCAGAAAAUCGGCAUGAUCUUCUUGCCGCCAUCUGCAGCGACGGAGCAGGAUGCCGAAAUGGACCAUCUGUACAUGCCUGUCAUGACCUCUUUAGUACGUGAGCUGCUACAUGAGGGCCAAUCCUUAAGUGUCGGUGUGUCAGCAGAGUCUGGUCAAGGGUGCCAGUGGCUGGCUCACAUCAGGCAUCUCAUCAAAGAGGGAUCUGUCCCUGAUAUCAGUCUGGUUCCUGUGGGUAUCUCCUAUGAUUCUGUGCCAGAGUCACACAUGCAGACGAGCUCUCUAUACCGCUGGCUGUUGUCUCUUCUUUGGAGGAAAUCUGAAGGAAUUGUUAGGAUUCAUCUCGCCCAGCCCUUUUCUCUUAAGGAGAUGUACGCAUCCUACAGGUGCAGAGCAGUUGAAUGGCGCCCUCUACAGGAUUUGUUGCUGCCUGUUAUCAUUAACGAAAGCACUGAAAGUGAGUUUGGUCAGAGGAAGAUAUCGUGGCUUCUGCCUUCUCGUUCAGCGUCAAAACCCGCAGAGCUAACUCAUCAGGAGAGCGAGCUCAGCAUGGCGAUUGCCGUCCACGUCAUCUUCUCUGUAACCUCCUGCAUGGCUGUGAUGUCCACCAGUCUGCUAUCCAGUCUUUUGCUAUACAGACACCGCAAGGGUGUGAGCACAUCCGUCUUGUGUCGUGAUGUCAGCUGGCUCACGGAGGAGCUCUUGUUCAGGAAUAAAGAUGUCGGAUUUGGAGGAAGUCUAACAGAGGUGGUCCACUACUCCGUGACACUGCUGGCCCCUCACCUCAUCAUCGCUGCAGUCCCAUCAAGGCAAGACCCUUUAAUUGUGCCUCGUCCUACUUUUGCUGCCGCACAUCACCUUGACCUUCAGUCCCAGAUUGUCACCCAUACUUUUAUUUUGGAAGCAGUUGGUGCAUGUGCAGUGUCAGCCAUGCUGUGUGAGAUUGCCAGCAGUGGCAUCAGCAGCAAGGUGAGGGCCGACAGUGCAGAUGGAGACGAGGUCAAAGGCGACUUGGAGUUUGAUGUUGUGCUCUGCCAGUUGGAGCUGACCGAAAGAGCCCUGCAGCUCUGCCAUCUCCUGCCUCCAGGCUUUAGACCCCCCUGCCAGUCUUCUCAAAGUUUCGCCGUGGAUGCAAUUGACAGUUUGGUGCGAUGUGGCAUCUUAAUCAUGGAAGAAGUUCAGAGGGACGAUCCAAGCUGUCAUUUCUGGAAGAGAGAGGGCAUGCUAACAUGGACCAUCACAGAUGAGCCGUAUCAAAGCGAUUCUGAAUGCGAGGAGCAGGACUUGCAUGCCUACAAGAUAAGCCAGCCAAAUCACUGUCCCGACAUGCUCUUCUUCCUCUGCAACAUGCUAGCCGGACGUCUGAGGGCUCUCUCCUGGACCACCGCUUUCCUGGACCACCUACGCACACCUCUUCCUGAAGGCGAUUUUGUGACUCAGCUGUGCUCACACCUGUGUGAUAAAGCAACUGAGAAGAAACUGUACUAUGAGAGCUGCUCACGGGAGGCUGCUCACGCUGCAGUUGGAACACUAAUAGACCUGGGGGUUCGAGGACAAGGAGAAAGGGCUUCAUUUCAACAUCACCAAUCUACAAAGAGCCGACGCGAAAUGUAUUCUCCUGAUGCAGGAGCACUCAGGUCCUCAUUGAGGUGCGGCGGGAAGGAGAAGUCUUCCUGGGGGUCACGCCUUUGUUCCAGUCGGCAGAAAACAGGCAGAAACUGCAGCGCUUCAUCUCUCGGUUCCUCCACAAUUAAUAUGUUAAAGCGCGGCGUUGAGAGCUUACUGUGUUUUUGAACGCAGCCUAAGUUGGUUGGAGUCAAAAGACUGUUUCGUUCUCGAGAGGCUUCACGCUGAGUUGACAAGGCCUUUGGGGUUAAUUGCAUUGAGAUUUCUCAGUUAUGAGACAUUGAUUUAAAGUUUUGCCUCGGUAAUAGCAUUAGCAUAAAGCUGCAGGAGACGAGGAUGAUGAGGUUGCUGUAAUCAGCUGUGUG